AUGGCCGGAUUCCUGGCUUUAUAUGUGGUAUCGCUGAUAGUCGCACCUGUUGCAAGCCAGUUUGCACCUAUUGUUGUCACUCCGUCCGGACCAAUCAAAGGCGUAAUCGUCCCAGCACUUGGACAAAAUGUUUUGCAGUUUCGAAACAUACCAUAUGCAAAACCUCCGAUAGGUGAGCUGAGGUUUAGAAUACCGGUGCCAAUCGAACCGUGGACAGAGCCAUUGGACGGUACAGCAUUCGGACCGUCUUGUAUACAGUAUAAAGAGCUACUUGCCGGCGUGUGGGAAGGACUCGAGAAUCAAGAGCUGUCUGAAGACUGUCUGCAACUUAAUGUGUUUGUUCCACGCGCCAUAACUACAUCUGAGAAAAAGGCUGUGAUGGUUAUGAUCCACGGUGGGUCGUUUUUGAUAGGACAGGCCGCUGCUGAUGACCCUUCCUACCUGGCACUAAAGGAUGUCAUUGUCGUCAGCAUCAACUAUCGUCUGGGCAUAUUUGGUUUCCUUAGUACUGGAGAUAAUGUGAUUCCGGGCAACUUUGCAAUCUGGGAUAUGAUAGAAUCCCUCAGGUGGAUUAACCGGAAUAUUGCGUCUUUCGGUGGAGAUCCGGACAAAGUGACCAUAUUUGGUGAGUCUGCUGGAGGUUUUGCGGUAUCGACACUAGCAGUCAUUCCUAGCAUAAAAGGUCUCUUUCAUCGGAUCAUUGCACAGAGUGGCGCCGUGACCAGCUUGAUGGCUUUUUCCAGAGAUCCAUUAAGAGUAACGAAAGCGAUGGCUCAACAACUGAAAUGUAUUCCAGACACUGAUGCUGCAAUAGACAACACUGUGCUAACGGAAUGCUUCCAAAAGAAGACCGCAGACGAAUUAUUAGAGGCCCAGAUGGACCCUACUCUGAACGUCGAAUACUUUGGAUACUUUUCGUUACGGUCAGUACUCUGGCCGGUUGUCGAUGGUGAAUUGUUUUUUGAGGAGCCGACUGAAAGCCUUAGGAAUCUCAACUCAGACGUGUCUGUUUUCUAUAGGUCCUUGGAUGUGAUAGCGGGAACUACAAGCAACGAAGGGUCGCUCACUAUGUACAUGUUCAAUGACCAUCAGAAAUCCCUACAGUUUGAUAUAGAACAAGGAUUGCCGACCCGUGUACUUUGCGAGGUCCUAGGACCAGCCGUAGCCAGGGAUAUGUAUGGAGAUGAGUUACUCUCUGAUGCCAUUUGCAAGGAGUACAGUUCAGACGACCCACUGCAACAAAGUAAAAAUAUCAACUAUUUGUACGAGGAUUCGUGUUUUGUAGCACCAACGUUACAACUUGUUGAAUUCCAUGCUCAGGACAGGACAUCUUCAAAUACAUAUCAUUACGUGUACAGUCAGCCACUGAAUUUUACUUACUUAUUCCCACUACCAGCCUGGAUGGACGGGAUGGGUGCUGGACAUGCAAUGGAACUUCCUUAUCUGUUUGGUCCAGCUAGUCAACAAGAUGAGUCGCUAACUACGGAGGAAGGGAGAGCCUUUACGGAUGUUUUAGUGUCAUACUGGACAAACUUUGCAAAAACGGGCAAUCCGAACGGCGUUGGUCUGGUGCCGUGGGAGAAAUUCAGCAUUAAGACUAGGGACUAUCUGGAACUCAAAUUCAAGCCCGUGCAAGGACAGAACCUUUAUGAAAGAAGGAUGAACUUCUUGUUACACGAUCUUCCUAACAUGGUUCAAAACAAAGCCAAAACAGAGCUGUGA